AUGGAGAGCGACGAGAGACCGUCACAAGGACGAAGACGGCCGAUGAUGUUCGGCGACACUGACCAUUCUCGAAUCCCACAACAUCCGCCGAUGACCCAGCACGGCUUCUAUCCGAAACCGUUUGAACUGUCCCUGUCGGCUCUGAAAAGCGUCUUCGAAUCAGACAAUCCCAGCUAUUCGAAGCGCGUGCCAAACUGUCAGAAAUGUGGUCAACAUGGACAAAAAUCGCGUCUGAAGGGUCACAAGCGAUUGUGCCCGUUUAAGGAUUGCCUCUGUCCCAAGGUACGUCCUAAUCUUGCCACGUUCCCACAUUUUGUUUUACUGUUCAAUUUCCUCCACUUCUUUUUCAUCCUCAUUCAAUCGUCCUCUUCAGUAGGCUUUCUUUUAUUUGACUGA